GUUAAUGGGCGGUCUUACUCCGCGCCACGCAGUUUGUCAGCGGACAGCGGCACCAGUUGCGUUUCUCUCUCCGUGGGCAGAAUGUCUCAUGGAGGAGUUUUGGAUGCGUCUGUGAACAUCCACAGGUAGUUACGCGGUCUGCUUCGCCGGCUCCACUUUUGCAUUUUUCGCGCGGAAGCAUAUAAUCGAUUCGGUUUUUGGGGGGGGUUGUGUCUAACUAAUGCACCGAGCCGUGCGUGCAUGUUUUUUUUUUUUUUUUUUUGCAAAACACCGCGGACUGUGCAAUAACCUAUAAGCUAACGAUGCUUGUUUGUAAACCUCUGCCUUGAGUUUUCGGGGAGAAAAUUUUUUUUAUUGGAUUUUAUUGCAAGUUUGGACGCGAAGGCGAGAGCGGAAUACAAUGGCAAGCGGUCUGAAGCCUCGGUUGUGUGUGAUGAAGAAAGGAGAGAACGGAUACGGGUUUCAUCUGCACGGAGAGAAAGGAAAAACCGGACAGUACAUACGGAAAGUGGAGCGCGCGUCCCCGGCGGAGGCGUCGGGGCUGCGCGCGGGUGACCGUGUGGUGGAGGUGAACGGCGAGAACGUGGAGAGAGAGACACACCACCAGGUGGUGCAGCGGAUCAAAGCCGUGGAACGCGAGACCAGACUGCUGGUGGUCGACCGAGAGACGGACGAGUACUUUCGCAGCCUGCGUCUCACCUGCACGGAGGAAAUGGCCAUCCGGAUGAGCCCCGCAGCCACCAGCCCUUCACCUUCACCGUCCACCAGCAAACAGGGCAACGGCUCGGUGUCCAAGCGACCCGAGAUCUCCAAACCCAUCAGGAAACCUCCGUCGCGAGCUCCUAAAAAGGAGGUCCCUUCGGAGUCGUCGAGCCGGGACCCGUCCGAGCUUCUGCCGAGGCUGUGUCACCUGGUGCGCUCCGAGACGGGAUACGGCUUUAAUCUCCACAGCGAGAAGUCCAGGCCGGGCCAGUACAUACGAGCCCUGGACCCCGGCUCGGCCGCUGACCGCGCAGGACUCAAACCUCAGGACAGGCUCAUAGAGGUGAAUGGCAUGAACAUUGAAAGCAUGAGACACGCCGAAGUUGUGGCCUUCAUCAAGAACGGCGGGAACGAGACGCGUUUGCUCGUGGUGGAUCCCGACACGGACGAGCAUUUCAAAAAGAUGGGCAUCACUCCCACCAGCAUCCACAUCAAAGAUUUCGACGAGUCCGUGACUAAUGGCUCCAACAGCCCCCAUGUGAACGGGACGUCCUCGCGAUCCACACACUCAGACGGCAGCAGUCAGGACAACAACAUGCAGUUCUCGAGGGAGAGCAGCAGCCAUCUUCUCGACCCGUUUGAAGAAAUAGGUCUGAGUCUGAGCCCCACGGCAGCGGAGGCUAAAGAGAAAGCCCACGCCAAGCGCGCCAGAAAGAGGGCGCCUCAGAUGGACUGGAACAAAAAGCACGAGAUUUUCAGCAAUUUCUGAGUCUUCUCCCCGGACACGCCCCCUGCGCGCGACGCGUCAGAGCCCCGGACACGUGACUGCCCCUGUCGAAAAAGAGGCACCUAUUUUUGUAGAAAAUUAAAACUCGAAGCGUUAAGAAAGUCACAAAUGGACGCCGUUCGUGAAGAAGCAAAAAAAGAAGAAGAAAUAAAACACAAAAGCCAAAUGGGACUAUAAUAAAGCGCAGCCCUUGGACUGUUCUUACGCAGAGCUUCGAUUCGAUUCAGGACCAAAUUAACGAAACUCCUUUUUGCGCCUAUUUUUGUGAAUCACCGCGAGAACUGGAAUUGUUCUUUUGCCAAAGACACAAGCUAUAGACGAAGCUUUCAGUUGCUUUGACGGGACGUGCCGCUGUUUCUAGGGAUUACCGAGAUUUCAACAAAAAAGAAGAAGAAGAAGAAGAAGACACCCGGAGCGAACCAGAAGCGAGCCUCUUCCUCGCCGCUAGAGGGCGCUGCUUCGCCGUGAAUGAAGCUGAACCCGUUAAACCAGCAGAGGGAGCGUAGAAACGCGCGUUGCUUUCUUAAAGCCUGUCUUGCUAGUGCGAGAGAUGCGAAACUUCUGCACCCAGCGAGUGCAAAGCUGCAAGAGACGCCGCAAAGAGCGUGCGUUUACGGUGCGGUGCAUUCUGGGACGUGGGCACCUACAGACAAAGUCGCAGCCGAAGCAAAACCAAUCUGAAGUAAUAAACCUCGUAAAACAAUAAAGCGCAACGCAUGCCUUAUCUAUAGAGGAACAGACAGGGUCGCUGAACUUUGAACUCUUCUCUGAAAAGAGGCUCUCUGUUGUUUCUGGAUAGGGGCCCCCCACCUUUAUUCAUCUGAAUUAUAGUAAAGCAGACAAUCAUGAAAGCUUUUAAGAGAGCUCUAUAUGCAUUUACGACACACAUAUUGCGAUAUAUAACAUCAGCAUUACUAUUAUUCAUCUUAACGAUUCACCGUACGCUCCAUGUUUAGUAUUAACGUAGUCAAGUAGUUUCUGUUUUGUCUUUUCUUCUCUGUCGCUCCCCGACACCGAGCAGUAACGGGAAAACAUUUCCUGUCAGAAAUAUUCGUAUUAGUAUUAUUUUUUUCAAUAAAGUGUGACAAUCACA